AACCAAAAAUCACCGUGAAACCGACAAAGAAAACCUCGGCGGAUAUAUGCCUGAAAUUCCAGGGAAUCCAAUGUGCCCAGUAGCAUCUUUUCAGAAGUAUAUCGAAAAACUGAAUGGUAGGUGCGAUUGCCUUUGGCAGAGACCUCGUGAUACCUUUUCCGACACUGAUUACCAGUGGUGUUAUGUACCUAUUGGAGAAAAAACCCUUUCCUCAUUUAUGUCAACGCUCAGUAAAGAUUAACAACUGUUGCAGUACUACACUGAUCACAGCAUCAGGGCCACGGGGGCUACUCUCUUAUAAAGGAAUCGCUUUGACGCUGCACACAUCAUGUCUGUUACAGGACAUAAAUCGGUAUCUUCAUUAGCUGUAUACCAACGCGUCUGUGAUUCAGAAAAGCUUGCCAUUGGUCAAUCAAUUGCCAUGCACGUGAAUCAGGCAGUCCUACCUGCUCCACUAAUAUUGCCAGCCUUGCUUGCUCCACAAUCUAGUACAUGUACUGCCAUUGUCCCUGCUUUUGACAAAUGUGAUGAUGAGGCCCUGCAUGUGAAACAGAUAUCCCUGCCUCCUGUACCAGUCACACAAGUUUUGUCGGCCCCACAUUCUAGCUCUGACCUUGGUCGUAUUGUGGAAAAGUCUGAUGAUGAAGUCCUUGCUCUGCAACCAUACCUGAGCGAUAUCAUUUGUGAUUAUAUUGACCUGCCAGAAACAAAUACCCAGAAAGUAUUGCAAUCCUUACAAGCCACCGGGAUUUUUAGUUAUUGCCCAUCUAGACAGACAGGGACCCACAUCACAGCACAAACACCAUUAGAUCCUGCUAUGCAGAACUUGUCACUUACAGAAAAUAUCGAGAUGAAUAUUUAUAGAGAAGAACCCAGAAAUGCCCCGAUAUCCCCACCAUCUCCUCGAAAUACAGAACAGGAAGAGCGUCAUAUUCUCCCAGUCAAUUUAAAUGAGAUCUCAAAUUUCAAAGAUGAUGCUUCAAAAGAUUGGACAGAUGAGCCCCCUCCUUCCUAUAGCAGUUUGUUUGUGUAG